UUGCAGUGUGCACGGCCUUGAAAUCCAGUCAGAAACAACAUAUUCACAAUGAUUACAGCAGAUCUGGACAGUGUCCAGCACGACCAACAUACCCUUUGUGCUCUGAUGAGGAGACGGAGGAUAAAUGUCCAUCUGGGUGUCGACUGGAGGGUCUUAUUACUGUGGCAGAUGAAGUUAUUCAUAAACGUCUGAGAAAGAUUUGUGAAAAGAUUCAACAAAAUCAGGAUGCCACUUCAUCAGUAAUGCAAAAGAGUGUCAAGUUUUAUGAAUGUCAAAGGAAAACCAUCGUCCAAACAUAUAUGAUAGAGCUCAGAUAUGCUGAAUUUGCUGAAAAUAUUCACAAAAACCUCACAUUCCUGCACAAGAGGUCUGCAGAACUUGCUAAAGACUUACGGAAAUACCACUACAUGAUCUGGGAUCAGAUAAAUCAGCUCCGUCGAAUUGAGGUGGACAUUGACAUCAAAAUCCGUGCAUGCAAAGGAUCAUGCAAGCAAACCUUUGACCAUGCUAUUGAUAACGAAGCCUACGAAGCGAUGGAGAGCAAAAUGAAGCAGUUCAGUAUUAUCACCAAGAGGCGAAAAUCCUUCUCCAGACCCCAAAAACUAAAACUUCAGCGCAUUGAUCGACCCAGAGUGUCUCAAACUUACCAGAAAAUCCCCAUUGUUCGCACUGAGCUCCUUACAAAAUUUGAAGACAUUGAGCAGAAUCAGAUGCUUUUAGAUGAACUCCUAAAUGAUACUUAAUCAUAUUUAUGUCUAUUUAUGUGUGAAGUGGAGCAAAGCCUUUCAUUAAAGUUGUCCUACAUCUAUUGAACAAUUUUGAUAAACUUUUUUGAUCCACUUCAUAUAUUAACCACAGACUAUUACAAGGGAUUUAUAUUUGUCUACAGUUUAUGCUAGACAGUGUGCAAUAUACUGCACUUUCGUCUCGUCUGUAUAGAUUCAAUACUGUCUAUACAUAAUUAUUUUAAAAUGACUUUAUAUCACAUUUACAGAUCCUCUGGUUUUGUAAUGUAUUUUAGGUUCAGUAUUCCUUAGUGACAGGAUAUGUAAACUAUGUAUUCUAUAUUUAUAAUAUAGUAUGUGUUUGUUACAUUAGUGAAACACUGAAAAAACUGCCAAAG